CCGAAGCCUGACAUCAGCAGAAAAAAAUUAUUCCCAAAUAGAGAAAGAGGCACUCGCCUUGGUGUUCGCCGUGACCAAGUUCAGGGAUUACUUGCUAGGUCGACAGUUCGUUCUCGUCACCGACCACCAACCCCUGGUGGGUCUGCUGAGAGAGGACCGGCCGAUACCUCUGCUGGCAUCGGGAAGAAUUCAAAGGUGGGCCCUUCUACUCAGCGACUUCCAGUACAAAAUCGAAUUUCGCCCCGGGAAACUCAACGCGAACGCGGACGCCCUCAGCCGAUUGCCCCUUCCACAGACCGAGGAGAGCCGAGAGGAGGAGCUGCCAGAGUACGUGUUCGCGAUACAGUGCAUGGAUGAAGCGUUCCUGCCGGCACGGCAGCUAAAAGAGCUCAGUGCCGAGGACAGAACACUGACUACAGUAAAAAGCUUCGUAAUGCGUGGCUGGCCGAAAAUUCUAACCAAAGAACAGCAUGAGCUGCAUCCUUACUUUUGCAGAAGGCAGGAGUUGACUGUCGUCCAGGACCUGCUCUACUGGGGACAGCGAGUCGUCAUUCCAGGGGCAGCCCAGAAAGAGAUGCUCAAUCUACUCCACGAGGCUCACCAGGGGGCGACGGCCAUGAAAAGGGUAGCCCGGACGUUGUUUUGGUGGCCCGGAUUGGACGGUGAGGUAGAACGACUGGCUCGUCUUUGUCACAACUGCACACAGGCUGCUCCUAUGCCUCCAGCAAGCACGCCUGUUAACUGGCCAGAAACGGGAGAAAAUUGGGCGCGCUUGCACAUUGAUUUCGCUGGGCCAAUUGAAAACAAAAUGCUGCUGGUGGUAGUGGAUUCACACACUAAGUGGAUCGAAGUAUGCGUAAUGCGCUCGGCCACCACUGAAGCCACCAUAAGGGAGCUCAGAGAGAUGUUCAGCCGAUUCGGCUUACCACGUGCGAUUGUGUCAGACAACGGGACUCAGUUUACUAGUCAGCAGUUUGGCGAGUUCCUGGAACGAAAUCACGUGGAGCAUUUAAAAACCGCCCCGUAUCACCCACAAUCUAAUGGAUUGGCAGAGCGGGCGGUCAGAACGGUAAAAGAGUCCCUAGCCAAGUUGUCAACCGGGGAUUUGGAAGAGAAGUUGGCGAAAGUGUUGCUGUCUUACCGUCGCACUCCACUGUCGGACGGGAAAUCACCGGCCGAGCGCUUACUCGGUUUCCAAGUACGCUCGCGCGUCGACACUGCUGUGCCGUCAAGACGUGUGUGCUCGCCUGACUUACAGGUCCCAACCAUCCGCCCUCAUGCUGCCGUGUGGUACCGGAACUUCGGGCAAGGUGAAAAAUGGUUGCCCGGGGUGGUGGAGAGCAACCACGGCGCUCGCAUGACUGUGGUAUCUACUCCCGGAGGCAACGUCCGCCGUCAUCUCGAUCAACUGCGGUUACGGGAGGUCAAGGCGGAAACCAGCGAGGCACCCGCCGCCAGCGGUUCAGCAGUACCUGCACCCUCUCCCAGGAGCCCUGCUGACCAGUUGGCCCGAGCCGCAGCCGCCAGCGGUUCAGCGGUACCUGUACCCUCUCCCACGAGCCCUGCUGACCAGUUGGCCCGAGCCGCGGUACCUGCAGCCUCGGCCAAGAGCCCUGCGAACGAGUUGUACGGCGACGCCACGACCUCAAGCGAGCCCGAAGACAGCUGUGUGCCGUUCCAGCUGCGACGGUCCACUCGGACUCGGAAACCCAUUGAUCGCCUUCAAUUAUAAGAGAAGGAGAAUUGUUAUCACUUCGGCCGAGUCACCGAAGCAUGACUUACUGUUAUCCGCCUUUUGUUUGUUUUAUUAACUGCGUUGCCAUUGGUCCGUGGAGCGCUAUAUAUAGUUCCACGCGGGCCCGAAAUAAACCGUUCAUACCCUGGUA